AUGGCCCGGAACAGCGUCGUGUUUGGCGGAUUCGGCAACAAGGCUGGCAACGGAGCCGGCGAUAGGAGCGAGGCAGCCAACACCGACAACGGCGAAAUAGUGCUGCAACGGCGCCGGCGCAGCUCGAUCAAGGUGCAGGGCAUCAUGUCGAGCUUCCGCAGGCUGUGCGACGGCGUGCAGCGCCAGACGGCGACGGUGCGCAGUCGCAGCGGCAGCAACGGAUCCACCAGGUCGGACUUUUCGAAGAAGAGCAGCAGGUCGACGGAGAACCUCGUGGCCACUGCAGAUGAAGACAGCUGGGACGCGAAGAGCAAGCAUUCGGUGAGAAGUUUCCAGAAACUCGACAUCGUCAACUCGUGGGGCAUGGUGAUCGGCCAUGGGAAGGGCUAG